AUGGAGCUGUACAAAUUCAGGAUGAAAGAGUCAUUGCUACAGAGGGUAACUGAUCUAGCAACUUCUUUUGCCAAAGUUGCAGAUAUUGAUCGAAAUCUUGGGAAUGAAAGCACUGCAGUCAAAGGUAUCAAGGAAGCAAUUGAAUGCCUUGGGAAGCUGAAGCUAAGUUCUGAACAAGCUAGUCCUGAGCAAAGGGUAUUGAGUUCUGUUGACUCUUGGAACUGA